AUGGCUGUGUCCCUGUCAAGCAUCCCUGCUGGGAAGGACAGGACUUACCAUUUCGACCCGCUCAAAGGAAGCCCUGCUCGGGGGUCCGGUUUCUAUCCAUCCCUUCCCAACGCGCAGUACAUGGACGUUUUUAAGAGCACACACAACCUCUUCCACCCACUCAAGUCGCUUGGACGCCUAGUCACGGAGACUCAAACCGUCAUGCCGUUCAGUUUCACCGGAGGAGCCCAGAACAUCUUUGCACAGAAUGGACAUCAAGCGGCCAUCCUUCACGAGCAGGUCUUAAACAUGGCCGGCAUCCCAUACUUCAAUAGAGUGCCUCUUAUUUUCCCUAAACACGAGGAGGCAGCUAAAGUUGCUUCUAACCAUUCUUCUGCAUCGCUGUCAGAAUUCAGCAGUCCGUCCAGCGAGAAAUCCUCCCUCGAGUCCUGCUCACCUUCCAAAAACAACGUGCUUUACCUGCACAACGCGGACCCAGUAACUGAACAAACACGCACUUACUGUUUCACAGACGAGGACCUCUUCAAUGUGCUGUACGGGUACUCCCGGAACCAGGAAAAGAAUGUUGGCCAUGCCAUCUCGGGGGUUGUCUUCCCUGGAAAUUCAAUCCACGAAAGUCAGCACCUCCCGUUGGAUAUGGAUGCUCUUGAACUUCCAGAAGAGUUGUCAAUUGUUCAAACGACUACUGGAAGUGUCUCUCAUUACGGAGUGUUUGCGGACAAAAUGUCCAUAGCGAAAGGCACUCGAUUCGGGCCAUUCACGGGAAAGCUGGUGAACACCAGUGAGAUUAAAACAUACGACGACAACACACUCAUGUGGGAGAUCUUUGAAAAUGGACGCUUGAGUCACUUUGUAGAUGGCCGCGGGGCGUCUGGAAACUGGAUGUCUCUUGUGAAGUGCGCCCGCUUCCCUGAGGAGCAGAAUCUGGUGGCGGUGCAGAACCAGGGGCAGAUUUUCUACGAGGUGUGCAAAGACAUCAAGCCGCAGCAGGAGCUCUUGGUGUGGUACGGGGAUUGCUAUGUGCAAUUCCUGGGCAUCCCGCUCACUCUAAAAGAAUUCAUCGAUGACAAUUUUGAGCAGCUUCCUCCUGAAGAUUCUGGAGAGGGGUUUAAAUGUGACCGGUGUGGGAAGGUCUUUGCUUACAAAUACUACAGAGACAAGCACCUGAAAUACACGCGAUGCGUCGACCAAGGAGAUCGGAAAUUUCCCUGUCACCUUUGCAACAGGUCUUUCGAGAAGAGAGACCGGCUCAGAAUACAUAUCCUACAUGUCCACGAGAAGCACAGGCCGCACAAGUGUUCAGUGUGUGGAAAAAGUUUCUCCCAGUCGUCCAGCCUGAACAAACACAUGCGUGUCCACUCGGGGGAGAGGCCAUAUAAGUGUGUUUACUGCAAUAAGGCCUUCACCGCGUCCAGCAUCCUUCGCACUCACAUCAGGCAGCAUUCCGGCGAGCGCCCUUUCAAGUGCAAGCACUGCGGGAAGGCCUUCGCCUCUCACGCCGCUCACGACAGCCACGUCCGGCGCACCCAUGCCAAAGACAAGCCCUUCUCCUGUGAUGUGUGUGGGAGUUCCUUCCAAGAUGUUCAGGAACUCAAAAAUCACAUGAACAAAAGUCACAAAAAAUCGACUCUUUCCCCGGCCGUUUCAGUGAGUCAACAACUCGAUGAAAAUUCUCUCUUUCCUGCGACCAAAGAUAUCACCCAGACACAGAGACACAUCGGAGACAAUUUCGCUUACACUGGAAUUGUUACACUCAACAAAGAAUACCGUCCUUGGAAUUAAAAUGAAACUAAAAUCGAAACACCAAAGACUAACUUAUUCCACAGACAUUAAAACGCUGCUAUUCACGUGUAGGUUUUAUUUCGUUAUUAUUUAAACAGAUUAUUUAAUGUGAUCAAGAAGUUUUAUCUUUUCUGUUAAAAAAAUAUUUAUUAGAGUAUGAUUAUGAACGUCCAUUUUAUACU